AUUAUUAUAUUAUUUUAAAGAAAAAUUUUUCCUUCGUAUCAAACACAUAGUAACCAUAUAAUUUACACUUUAGCUUCUAACUUAUUUAGCUUAUUGCUUGUAAGAUUUUCGAUAGCUGACUCGAUCGAAAGAAAUCACUGAUCUAUAUGGUGUAAUGGUUAAUUUUGUAAAUAGUCAAUUUUGUAAAGAAGCAAGGUUGAUUUGGAAAAGUAAUUUUAUAUGCAAAUUGCUUCACAAAGAAGAAAUCAUAAUACGUUUCAAUUUCCUCCUGUCAAGAAUUAUUUUAUAGUUUAAGACUUUGAAGAAAUUUUUGGAUGUUAGUGAGUAUAAUACAGUACUACUUUUGACCAGAAAUAGAAAGAUGCAAACUAAUUAUAAAGAAAUUUAGAUUAGUACAAAUUUUUAUCUACCAUUUUAGGUUCAAUGAAACCAAUAAAACUCUCCUCCUACCAAGACCUUCCCAAAAGGGUUACUCCAUAUUAAAAUUUAAAAAAAAAAAGAAGCUAAAAGGGACUAAAAAUAUCUAAGGACCAUACCAUAAACUAUUAUUAUUAUUUUCAAAACCUAUAUUCAUCAAACUAUGACCUAACAUCUCUCUCUUCUCUCUCACUCUUGACCUCCAUUAAUACAACAUAUUAAUAUUCCAUCUCCUUCUCAUCCAAAUCUAAUUUUACAAACUCUUUUUACCUCUCCUAUAUCCUCCAUUUUCUUGGAAAAUUAUUUCUUUUUCUCAUUUUCAUCUAAAUCUUGAUUCUCCUCACUCCCAAACCCUAAAAAUCCCAAAGAUGUUGUAACUAGCUAGCAACACCCUCUUUGAACUUCAAAACAUAUUAAUUAAACAUAUUUUCCUUUAUUCAAGAUUUAACUUUCUAGUACACCCCUUGUUAGAUCAAGAUUUAUAUGGAUCCUAAUUUUGGUGUCCCAAUAAAAGAAGAGUUCCCUAGAUCUAAUGAACCUACUAUGUGGAUUCCUCAACCAAUGGAGGGGCUUCAUGAGAAUGGACCUCCACCAUUUCUAACAAAGACUUAUGAAUUUGUGGAUGAUCAAAACACCAAUAAUGUUGUUUCUUGGAGUAUAGGUAAUAAUAGUUUCAUUGUUUGGGAUCCUCAAACUUUUGCCAUGAAUCUACUUCCAAGGUACUUCAAGCAUAGCAAUUUCUCAAGCUUUGUCAGACAGCUCAAUACUUAUGGAUUUAGGAAGGUUAAUCCAGACCAUUGGGAGUUUGCUCAUGAAGGUUUCUUGAGAGGGCAAAGGCAUCUCUUGAAAACAAUUAGGAGGAGAAAAACAAGUAAUUUCCAUCCUGGACAAGGUUCAAAUCAAGGUAUAGACUCUUAUAUUGAAUUGGGAAAGCUUGAGAUAGAUGGAGAGAUUGAUCGAUUAAGGCGCGAGAAGAAAGAUUUGAUGAUGGAAUUGGUGGAGCUUAAACAACAUCAACAGACUACAAAAUCACACAUCAAAUCAAUGGAAGAAAAGCUUAAGAGGACAGAAGCAAAGCAACAACAAAUGAUGAAUUUCUUGGCUAAAGCAAUGCAGAAUCCAAGGUUUUUGGAGCAAAUGAUGCAACAAAAGGAAAGAAGGAAGGAACUUGAAGAAGAGAUUAGGAAUAAGAGAAGGAGACAAAUUGAUCAUCAUCAAGGUCCUAGUAAUAUUGUUGGAGAAUUAGACCAUAGUUUUAAUAAUAGUGAUGGAAAUUUUAAUAUAAAGAUGGAACCUCAUGAAUAUUAUUAUGGUGAAAUGAAUGGAUUUGAUAAUCUUGAAUUGGAGACAUCACUUGGUAUGAGCAUGCAAGGAGGACCAAGUGAGAACACAAUCAAUUUUGAAGAUAAAUCUAUUGAUCAUGAAGGAUUUUGGGAGGGUUUGUUGAAUGAAAGUAUUGAAGAUGAGAUCAAUUUACUAGAAGGAGAAAAUGAGGAAGAUCAUGUGGAUGUUUUGGCUCAUCAGCUUGGAUUUUUGGGUUCUACACCAAACUAAAAAAGAUCACUUUACUAUUAGUUUUCCAUUCUUUUCCUUUGUAUGAUUUGGAUUUUAGUUCUACUGCGAGGAAAAAGUCUAGUGUGCAAAGUAUCUUGCGUUCAACGAUCUACCUAAUAUGGAAAGACAAGUUAUUAGAUGCUAAUUACUUGGGAGGAUGGCAAUUCUUUUGCAAAAGAAAGUAACAUACUCCACAAGUUAAUUUAGUUUUGAUUUUAUGAUUCUCAAGUGUUUUAUGUUCCUUUAAACUCUUGGAAGGUCAACUUCCUUUCUUCAUUAUUGAAUGUACUUUGUCCAUUGUUA